AUGCCAAGCACUCCAGAGAGAAAGGGAUCAAAGCGUGAAGCUAGUUCUCCAUUGGUGGCAGUAAAAGGAAACUCACGAAGAGUUUCUGCAGCUGGUAAAGGUCCAGUGAUUGGUGAAAAAAAACGUGUCAAGAAGUAUCAUUUUGCUCCAGUCAAUAAUCUAGAUCCAUCUGUAAAGAGUAAUGGCUCAGUUUUACAAUCAAUAUCAGUUUCACAAAUUCGAAAUACAGCUGUAACAAAAGAUACAUCUUCUCCCUUAAAAGCACCAUUCCUUCCCAAACAGAAGAAGAAGAUAUUGACACCAGUGAAAACCAUAGAGAAUAUAAGACCAGAUUACAAAAGUUUAGAAAAGAGUGAAUUCAAGCCUACUCAAGAAGUUAUUUGGAAGUAUUCCCCUGAUCGAAAGGUGAACGUUAAUGAAAAAUUAGCAAGCUCUCAAGAUUACUCAGAUCCAGUAAGUUUUGAAAAUGCAGAGCAGACAAUUUCUUCAACUCCAAUUAUUCCAAAUAGAUUAAAAAGUAUUAUAAAUUUUAACAAUAUGAACGAUAAAGAGUCUGUGGACAUCCAAUCCACAAUCACUACCACAUCUAUGUUGCGUAAUGAAUCUUUAGAGGUCAAAUCAAUGAGAGGUAAUAAAGCUGAUGCUUUUAGAGAUAUUGAAGAAAUUCUAUGUGAUAUAGAAGGAAAUGUGAACACUAAGCUAAGAAUUUCUUCUCCACCUGAUGUACCAUCUUCACCUACCGAAUUAGAACAUUUAACACAGAUAGAAACAGACCCAAGCAUAAUUGUUGAUGAACUGGUAAAUAGAUUGGAGGAAAAGAAAGAUUUGGAAGAGAUUAAAGAGAGUAAAGAGAAUUGUAAUUCUUUCGAUGCUGCAAGGCAAGAAUCAAAUAUAGUAAAUAUAGAAGCAACAGAUAUCGAAGACGAAGACUUGGAUAAUGAAGAAGAUGAUUCAUUAAUAGAAAUAUUAACACAAAAGUCAAGUAAAAUAAGUGGUAGUUACAAGGAUGAUCUGAAAGAAGAUGAAACGGAAUGUCAAGCAAAAACUAUUAUAGAGGAGGAAGAGAAUGAAGAUGAUGAUUCUCUUUUGGACUAUCUCGACUACGGAGAGGAAAUUAUUACAAAUCAACCAGAACACAACAAGUCAUCUGGGAAUGCUCAAACCCUCUCAAUGGAUGAGUUAUUAGCUUCUGCAAAAACAUCUGUUAAGAGGAACGGUGUAGUUAGACUUGUUAUUCAAAGUUUACGAGAAUCCACAGUUCCAAAUGUUGGCAAGCAGAAGAUAUUAACAUGUGUAGAUGCAGAAGGUGAAACUUCUUCUGUAAUUAUAAGGCACCCGUGGGUAUAUCUGGAGUUUGAAGCGGGUGAUAUAAUUCAUAUAAUCGAAGGUAAACAUUCUGAGAAUAAAAGAUUGUUAUCCGAUGAUAAACAUCCUAAGACACAAUUAAUAAAUGAUAAUUUAUUGAUUCUUAAUCCAGAUAUAUUGCUUUCAGCUACAAUUGUGGGUAAUUCAAUCGAAUGCCUUCGUCGUGCUGUUUUACAAUCAAUUGUACAAGAUUCUAGAGGUGAACCGGAUAUAUCAAUGAUAUUAGGAACAAUAAUACAUGAAUUAGUACAGGAUGCCUUACGAUAUAAGGUUGAAAAUAAUAAGUUAUCCGCGGAAUAUUUAGAAAAUACUUUGGAUUUGUUGUUAGAGGAACAUUCAUUUUCAAUUUUACUCUGCAAUUGCUCAAUAACCGACAUAAAACAAAGAAUUAUGAAUGAGCAUUUCGAAAAUAUUAUGAAAUUUAUAAAUAAUAUUGUUCAAAAGAGUAAUUACGGGAAAUAUGUUAGCAUAUCUGGUACUAGACAGAAGAAACCAAUCUCUCUAUCAAACGUGUUCGACAUAGAAGAAAAUAUUUGGUCAACCGUGUAUGGAUUGAAAGGCUUCAUUGAUGCAACAGUUGAAGCUCAUGUUGAAAGCGACUACUUUGUUGCACCCUUGGAGAUAAAGACAGGUAAGGCAAAAAGUGUCUCUCAUGAAGCGCAAGGGCUUAUCUAUACAUUGCUAUUAACUGAUAAAUAUGAACUACCUGUCAAGUUUUAUUUAUUAUUAUACACUCGGUACAAUGACUUAACAAGCUAUACCAGAUCUAUAGCUACAUUAAAACAUGUUUUGAUGUUUAGAAAUCAAAUGUCAAUUCGGUUAAAAUAUAGAUUAAACGAGAUAAACUCCAAAACUAGCUUUAAAAUGACUUUACCUCCUAUUUUAAGAGGUUCAUUCUGUGACACAUGCUACAUGAAAUCUGAAUGCAUGGUUUUGAAUAAGUUAUUAGAAGAUGGAACCUCUACCGAGGCUGGAUUGAGGGAUGGCGAGUAUGAAAUACUAACAAACCAUCUAACUAAGAAUCAAGAAAGAUACAAGGAAUUUUUUAUGAAAUAUAAUGACUUAAUUACAAAAGAAGAGUCCAGUUUGACAUGCAUGAACAAGGAAAUGUUUUUGCUGGAUAGCACAACCAGAGAAAGCAUUAGUGGAAGGUGUAUUUCUAAUUUAAUAGUAGCUGAGUACCCUAGUAAUAAAGCUAGUGAAGGAAAGUUCUUAUAUGAGUUCAAGAGGUCGCAAGAUGCAAAAAGCUCUAUUUCAAUGUUGAACUCUCAUCUGACAAACAAUGAUUUAGUUUAUAUUAGUGAUGAGAAGGGUCAUUUUGCAAUUUGCGAUGGCCGUGUUUCAUCAAUAUCGAAGUCCUCAAUAGUAAUAUCCACAAGUAAGAGAUUGCUGGAUAAUAAUAUUAUCCUAAAUGGAAACCAAGUAAAAGGCAUUACUAAUGUUCCUCAGAAAGUUGCCGAUAACAGCUUGUCCUCAAGAAAUAAUACCAUGACUUAUAGGAUUGACAAAAACGAACUCCAAUCCGGAUUGGCUUUGGCAAGAGCUAACUUACUAAAUUUGUUUCUACCACCGGUUGACACCACUGAAGUAAUAAUAGAUGAAAAAACAGGUAACUCUAGAAAUCUAAAAGAAUCAGAAGGGGGUAAUGCCAGAUUACGUUCGAUUAUAGUAGAUUGUAAACCUCCUAGUUUCAAAAAAGAUGGGGAGAAGCCCAUCAUACCUUACACAAUUGAGAAAGAUUUGUCAUUCAAUGAGGAUCAAAUUAAUGCUAUUGAUAAAGUAAUGAGAGCAUAUGAUUACUCAUUAAUUUUGGGUAUGCCAGGUACAGGUAAAACUACUGUUAUAGCCGAAAUUAUCAAGAUUCUAGUAGCAAAUAAGAAGACAAUUCUACUUACCUCGUACACUCAUUCAGCUGUAGAUAAUGUUUUAAUCAAAAUGUCGAAUACCAACAUGAAUAUCAUUCGUUUAGGUUCUAAGCAAAGAGUCCAUCCAGAGUCUCAGAAGUAUACAUUGGAUUAUGAUUCGAUUGAUAAUUAUGAACAAUAUUUAGAGGUAAUUAACUCUGCUUCUGUUGUUGCAACAACUUGUUUGGGUAUAAAUGAUGUCAUGCUUACAAUGAGAGAAAAGGAUUUCGAUUAUGUGAUCCUUGAUGAAGCUAGCCAAGUCUCCCUUCCUGUAGCCUUAGGUCCAUUAAGGUUUGGUAGAAAAUUUAUAUUAGUUGGUGACCAUCACCAAUUACCUCCAUUGGUUAAAAAUGAAGCCGCACGUUUAGGAGGAUUAGAAGUGUCUCCAUUUCAAAUGCUAUGUCAAAAAUUUCCAGAAUCGGUGUCAUCAUUGAGAUACCAAUAUAGGAUGUGUGAGGACAUUGUGAAAUUAUCGAACUUUUUAGUUUAUGAAAAUCAAUUAAUGUGUGGUACUGAGAAGGUCAAAAACCAAGGUUUAGAGGUACCAAAUCCAGAUAAUCUAAAUUUAUUUCAUAUACCAGGAAAACACAACUGGCUUGAGAAUGUCAUUAGCCCACAAAAUAAAGUUAUUUUCUUGAACUAUGAUAACUGUAAGACCAUCGUUGAAAACUCUGAUACUGAUAAUAUUACCAAUGAAGGAGAGGUUAAUUUAGCUUAUCAGUGUGUAAGAGCUUUCACCAAUUCAGGUAUCUCAACCAAGAAUAUUGGCGUGAUGUCUUUGUACAGAGGCCAAAUUAGACUUUUAAAGAGGAAGUUUGAGAAAGAAAGGUAUUCAAAAUUAGAGAUUUUAACUGCUGAUCAGUUCCAAGGGCGUGAUAAAGAUUGUAUAAUAAUAUCAUUAGUUCGUCGUAAUAAUGAAUUAAAUGGAGGUUCUUUAUUGAAGGAAUUAAGAAGAGUCAAUGUAGCAAUGAGUCGAGCUAAAUCGAAAUUAAUUAUUAUUGGAUCUAAGACGACUAUUAGAAGUGUCAUAGAAUUACAACCAUUUAUACAUUUACUGGAUUCCAGUGGGUGGAUUACCGAUUUACCAGAAAAUUGUUUAACUUGUUAUGAUUUUGAAAACAAUUCUUCACAAAGUGGUGAUUCAUUAAUAGAAACAACCCAAAGGCACACGGGUAAUAAGAAUAUAACUUCCGAGUCAAAGGUACUCAAAAACAAACCAAUAACAAAGCAAAUUCUUACAGAAUUGUGA